AUGGCAUUUGCAGGAGACCCAACUUUGCUGCCGGUCUUGAAAUCAACAAAACUCAAAGUCGGAACUGUAUCUAGGUGCCUUUUCGGUACAUUCUAUCUCACUUUCAUUUCAUUACACCGUGUUUCUUUUCAGACGUGAAAAUGGUUGGCGGCGGUCGGACAGGCGUACAUCUUCUGCUCGGCUUCCUCAUCGGGGCCGCACUCGCACUUUUCUUCUUUUCUACAGCGCCGAGCACCGACUUGGCCGGCUCAUUGGCUGCAUUUACAUCGUGUCAGCCACCAGAAAAUGAGCGUAAUGUUCUUGAACCCUCCGCUCUCGAGAAGGGGCGAGUGUACAAAGACGUCUCAGAGCACUGGAUUGUGAGUGAAAACGGGGAAAGAAAGGAUAUUUAAUUAACUGAUCGCAGGUGCAUCAAGACGAAAUGCCAACUCCGCCGGCCAAUCAAGAUGCCACUCCGAAGGUAUUCCCGUCAAUUCUUUUCGGUUUCUAAUAGAUGAAGUUUAACCGACAGGUCACACGAACUCGGUUCGCAGCCACUGAACUGGGUACUCGCGAGCGAAUUAUGGCUGCUGUGAUGGCCGAGUCGGCACUUGCUCUUUCGAUCAACGCCACCCUCGGGAGGCACGUUCCACGCGUUCAUUUAUUCGCCGAUUCCUCCCGCAUCGACAAUGAUCUGGCUCAGUUGACUAAUCUGAGCCCGUACAAGUAUGGAUUUGAACAAGUUGAUCAGAAAUUAAACGCAAUAUUUCAGGUUGAAUGGGCAGAAAACGCAUUCGAUGGUUUUGGGGCUACUGUUCAAUAUGGUAAGGUUGUUUUGUCUACGGAACAAUAAAAUUGUCCUUCUUUUUUAAUUCCACAGCUUUUCAGAAUCAAUUGUAAUAGUUACUUUGUUAGUAAGUUUCUCCUUUGUCGUAAAUAUUCCCGUCGUUUUGUCCAUUUCGGUGCAAAUCUUCUAAAGUCUUCUGGUCUUUCCCAUUCUCUUCCUUAAAUUUCUUUAUUUUUCAUUUUCAGCCAAUUCUACUUUCAGACCGUUCAUGAAAAUUAUGACUGGUUUCUUCUCGCCAAGGACUCGACUUAUAUAAAUCCGUUCGUUUUGCUCAGAAUGAUUGACACAGUAAUCAUAUGAUAUCCAAGCUCGGAGUUGUUCAUCUUAUUCUUUCAGAUGAAUUGGAAUGAGCCAGUAGUUAUGGGAGAAGCGGCAGAAGACGGCAGUGGACGGUGUCGACUGGAUACUGGACUGCUCAUCAGUAAUCCGGCGAUGCGAACUCUUCUGCAGUGAGAACAAAAAGCGAAAGUAAACGUCUAAGUUGAGCAUUUAAGGCAGAGAAACACUUGCAAUGCACUCGCAAUGAGCACCGACGACGAUCAGUUGGCAUUUGAGAAGUGCAUCCAGACGGCAACCAAUUUGACGUGCAAGACCCUCCAUCAAGGAGUCCGAUACGAAGUAUGGAGAGGAUCCGAAAGAGCUGAUUCCCCAGCUGCCCACGAUUCUAUUGAGGACUGGAAACACUCGAAAGCAUUCAGCAGAGCUCUGGCUGUUCCGCGCCUGCUUUCCGACGCAGACGCUUCCGCCCUUCACAACUACUUUGUACGUGUCGAAAUGCAAAGAGCCGAUAGGGAAAUUGCCAAGAUGGAGGCUGAGUUAUCCAGAUUGUCAGUAGAAGAAGCACGGGAAACCGGAGAGGCCAUCAGCUGGCCGCCUGCCCUCCCUCCAUACGCGAAACCGCCGAAUCGUUAUCAAGUGCCAACAUGGGAAUACUUUACAAUGACGGAAAUCUUCCGAAGCGAGCCGAAUCAGAAUGUGAGAAGACUCGAAGGAAAGGACUUUGACGACGUCGCCGAAGUUGUUGUGGCCGCGAGACAGCAAGUCGAAUCUGAAGAACCGGAACUGGAGUUUGUACAGCUGCGGAACGGUUAUAGAGUUUUCGAUCCUCGACGUGGGAUGGACUAUAUGAUUGAUCUGACCUACCGGAAAACAGUGAAUGAGAUGCUUGAGGUGGAGAAUCAAAAUGACGGGGAAGGAGAGGUUGUACUUGUCCGUGUGUUCAUUAAAAUGAUUUGUUUACAUUUCAGGCUGUGCACGAAGAAAGUCUCAAAGAGAUUUCAGUGGAAAAGAGGGUACACGUCAGCCGUAUGAUUGCCAGCACGCAGCUGAUGAACCAGGCACCAUAUGUGAAGGAAGACACAGAUGUGACCGUCGUCAUCCCAGUCGCCAACGAGAAUGAGGCAACUCUUUCUGAGAGGGGUCGUUCCUAAACCGUCGAUUGUUUCAGGUUCUUCCGGCCAGAAAGCUUUUGGCCAGACAAGCACGACUCUGUCUUUCUCCGACAGAAGAGACCCGCAAGACCCGCAUGGUCGUGGCAGUGUUUCCAUCCGUCGAGACUCGUUCGGUCACUGCAAUCAGCAAUGAUAUGGAAGAAUUGAAGAGACGAUGCAAACGGUCUCUUCUGGAGACUGACGUUCUUUCGGUUCGCCCCGCCGCCAGCACAACUGGACAGGGCACUGUGGCUGCUGCUGCUCUUGAUGACGCUGUCGAUCGAUACGGAGCCAAUACAAUUUAUCUUCUGCUUUCGCCGCACGCGGACGUCCAAAAGGAGUUCUUCGAUCGUGCCCGAAUCAACACGAUCAAGCACUAUCAAGUGUUCUUCCCUGUUCCUUUCGUCGAAUAUCAUCCAACCAUUUCUGGAAUGGAAAUGACGGAGAAGGAAGAGAAGGAAACGCCGACUUCUGUGGCACGGGAAGCUGCUCUUUCGAGACUGCGAGACGGCGGCGAACCGAAGAGAAAAAGAGCUCUGAUCGUGCAAAAAGACCACGGGCGCUUUGAUUCGCAGGACUUUUCGUGUUUCGCCGUCUACGGAGUUGACUAUGUGACUGCCCGAGCGAAAUUAGGACAGAACGAACGGAGGAACGAUUUGAUUGCGGCAUUCCUCGGACAAGACGCGAUUCACGUUUUGAGGGCCGUCGAGCCAACUCUCCGAAUUCGGUAGGUGGCUUCUUUCCCAAUUCAUGAACUUCCUCACUUCAAUCUGCGUCGAAUCGCUUUUUCUCGUUUCAGGUAUCACAAAAGAUACUGCGACAUGGACAGCGUGGACACAGACGACAUCGCACGGUGUCUGGAGAGCAAAAAAGAGAACGUGGCGGCGAAGGAUCAGCUGGCCAAGCUGCUGUUCCACGAGAAAUAA